GCUUUUGCUCAAAUUGAUAAGUUGAACCAAAAAUUAUCAUUCUUCCAUCCACGCUGCAGCCUGCGACGAUUCCCCGCAGGAGGAAGAUCUUCCACCGAAGUUAAAGCCGAGCUGGUCAUCGAUUUCUGCUAUCUGUGGUUGUUCCUAUGGGAUCCCAACAAUUGAGCGGAAAUGAAACCAACGAGAAUCCAUUGGCAGCUGUUGACCCUGAUGUUCCCGCGGGCAGAGGGUCUUUAGUAGAUAGGUCAAGGCGUGUCUGGACACAACGUGAGGAGGAGAUCCUUUUGGAAACUAUGAAGGAGCUGACGGCAGCCGGAUGGAAAUCCGACAAUGGCUUCCGUGCAGGAUAUUUAACCCGAGCAAAGGAGGCAAUUAAGCGUGAAUUCCCAAAGACCGACAUAUGUGUUCACCCUCACAUAAAGUUCAAGAUCAGUGCUUGGAAGAAGAACUACUACUCGCUAAUGCAGAUACUUGAUCGCAGUGGCGUUGGUUUCAAUAACGAUGGUAACUACAAAAUAGAUAUCGACGAUGAACAAUGGGCUCAAGUCGUGCAGGUUGUGCUUUACAUAUUGUUUUGGAGUUAUGCUCAUUUAUAUUUCAGCACUACAUCUCAAGCUUUUUAUUAUUUUGCUAUGGCAGAAAGACAUCACUACUCCUGA